AUGGAGGUUCACUCCGGGCCUAGGGGGCGUGGCCGGCGGCCCACGUUUCCCAGCGGCCAGGAGCCAGGGCGAAGGCGGCGGCGGGAGGCUGUGGCCGCGGUGGUGUCGGAGCGGCUUCCCCGGGAGUGGGUGCCGGACGAGCCAUCAAGCCCCAAGAGAAAACAUUUCUUCCUGGCCCCUCGUUAUUAUGAUGAAAACGUCAGUGGUGAAAGUCUUUUGACUAUUUCUCGUGAUCACUGCAACUUCUUGCUAUUGGAGCAGAUGGAUAAAGACGACAUGAGCCUCUUGGACAAAGGAGAGACAUCCAAGCUGUCCUCAGGGAGCCCGCCGGCCUCUCUUGGGAGGGCUCCCCAUCAGUCAAGUGAGCUCUCAGGCAUAGUUGACUAUGCUCUCCUGAGUGAUACCUAUUCCAUCAAUAUCUCAGACUCAGAUUCUAAAUUGAAAGAACAUUUUACAUAUCUAAGUUCAGAGGCAGAUCUCGAAAUGCAAAAAGAAGAGCUAUUUUUUGAUAUAUUGAAAGACCAAAACAAAGAUUCUAGUGUUUUGGGAGAUACCUGCAGAAAUGUAGAUGGUGAUUACAAGGAGAUUACUGGUAGUGAUACUCAGAAGCACGAUCUAGAUGAAGAUUCACAGCAGGACUACCACAGUGCUGAAGAGCAGGAUUACUCUGGUUACCACUUAGAUUUUGACCAGAUAAAGACACUAUGUACUCCUAAUUCAGAAGUCGUCGAGUUGGGAAAUUCAGAUUAUGAAAUUAAAUGUGCUAAUGUUCUGGGAGAGAAUCAUGUGAAGAAGUUGGAAGGUGGUACCUUUUUCUCCUAUGAAUCAACUCACAUUCGUACACAAGAAGAAGAUAUGGCCAAGGUGCCCGAGCUUCAUGAUUACCUAUCUCUAACCAAGUGUCAUGGUCAGAAGUACUGGAGGUGCCAAGAACAAGAGACUAGUUUCACAAACCAGAGUUUAUUUGAUGGCAUUGUACAGAUGAGCGGUGCUGCAGAAGAGCAGGACGCUGCCUGCACUCAGACUUCUCAGUUAUUAAGCAGUCCAGAGAAACCUCAGAAGACACUAAAAGCUGGUGUUUAUCCUGACAAAAGGAAGUCUCGGAUGACUGAAGAGAAAGAUGUCUGUGAGGAAAACAUUCUGAGUAUGGAACACCCUAGUAGUGCAUUCCUGGAAAGAGCUUCAGGGGUAUCACAGCAGCCCAGCAAAUGUUUUCAGAGUUCUACAACUUUUAUUUUUGAUGAAUCACAUAUUUCUGCCUAUGAUCAGUCAUGUUAUAAAUUCAUCCAGAGCACCACCAAGCCAGGUUUAGAUUUUCCCAUGACUAUGCCAAAGGUUUCAGCCGAAGAGAGUCAUUUGAUAGAAGAGAAUAGCCCUACAAAAGCCGACAGCAGUGGCAUCAUGAACAAAACACACCUUAUCAAUGUGGAAUCCAAGUAUCCUAAGCAUUCGGUGGGUGCAGCCCGAGACCGUCUUGUUACAGUUAACCAGACAGUUGAUGCCAGCUCCGAUUUUAGGGCCUGUUUCACCACAAGCAGGGCAACGAGUGCAAGGUAUUCGGUGGCCUCCAGGUCAAGCAAUACAGAAAUAACCAUGAUGAACAAAACGCGGCCCAACGAGUGGCCGGAUGAGAAGCCAAGAAGCGUCGCCUGCAACACAGACUGGUCCUGUCUGCAGGAAUGGGCAGAGGAAGAGGGUCGCUUACAAGGGACUUUUCCCAAAGGUCUGGAAAUGUCUUUUCCAGUUGAGAAUUCAAAAGCUAAUGACAAUUUAUUAAUUAAGGAUUGCUUGGAAUUGAAAAAUAAAUUUGAUGUCAAAGACUUACAGAAAAACCCUGAGAGUCAAUUGCAACCUUCUAAAGAAGCAGAGAAGAAUUUUUCAUCCCAGUGUUGUCAGAAAACAUUGCAGAGAGCCAUGAAGGCAGAGUUGCUGCUUUUAAAAGCCCAUUAUGAGAUGUGUCAUCAGCAUUGUUGGAAAAUUUACAGACUUGUAAUGGAAGAAAAGGAAAGCUUUACCAGGAAUUUUGCAAGUGAUUUUGCUAAAACAGAAUUGGGAUCUACAUUACUGUCUGUUUUUGGAGAUCUGAAAUUUAAGUAUUUGAGUAUGAGAGAAAAAAUAAUAAAGGGAGUGCCACUGGAUGAAUUGCCUCCCCUGUCUGUGGAGUCCAAGUUGUCAUCUUUCUUUUCCACUUUUAUUCCUUCCAAGCUAAUGAAAGAAGACUGUCAUAUCCUUUCAGGACCAAACUCAGCCCUCAUCAAUGUUCCUGGUGCAAAUAACGCUGACCCCAGUGCUACCAACCUGAAAAGGACCCUUUCUCAGACUGCUCAUGCAUAUGAGAAUUGUCAUCCCAAACAAGACAUAGCCCCUAAGAAUGAAAGCAGGAAGACCCGGGAUCUGAAUGUCGGCAUCAGAAACCUGAAACUCGAUGAUGAAGACUACACAAAAUGUCAGGAAAUCAGUGAAGCCUGGUUUGAUGCUGAAGAAAACCUUAUGGGAAUUGACUGCUCAGAAAUCCCAAAAAGUCAGACAGAGCAAGACAAGAAGAGCCCUGAAUUCAUCCCGGAGAAGAAGAUUGGGGAACCUUCCCGGAAGGAACCAAACAAAAGCUAUCUCAUUCACGUCGGUAGCUUGUGUCCUUCAGUGUCCGAGACUGACCUGAUGUCUCAUUUCCAGAAGUAUCAAGUUUCUGAAGUUUCCAUUUGCACUUCUUCUCAUAACUACAGGUACGCAUCUCUCGUUUUUAAAAAAGCUAACAAGGCGAGGAUGGCUGUGGAAGAAAUGAAUGGGAAAGAAAUCAAUGGGAAGUCUGUCAAUGUGCGUCUGGUCAAGACCCCUGUAGAAAAUGCCCCACCCCCAUCCUUCAGGAACGAAAGCCAGCUCACCCUCGGUGGUCUAGAGGAGACGACGAUGGACGGUAAAGGGUCCAGCUCGUCCCCGGCACCUGCUAAGUUACCAGCUCACGUGCUGAGGCCUCCUGGGCCCGAGCAAGAAAACACUUAUCUUUCAGUCGACCAGAAGAGUGGCAGAAAAGGAUUUAAGCAGAAUAAGCCUGUUAAAUUACUGCCUGAGACCCCUCUUCCAUACAUACCUCCCAACACUUUGAACCUGGGGAGCUUCACCAGACUUCUGAAGAAGCUCGAAGGUCUGCACCCUGAUGUCAGCAGAGACACCAUCAUCGAUGCCCUCCAAGAGGUCAGGACAAAUAACAAAGGUUUUCUGAGUGGCUUAUCCCUGACCACCAUAGUGGAGAUGACCACCUCUGUCCUGAGAAACUCUGCCUUCAAAAAGGAAGAGAAGAAGCCCCGAGAGACUUUCCCCAGCACCUUAUUGAAGCCUCCUCCGCCAGGAAAGUCCUCAGAAGAAAGUUGUAGAAGAUAAACCCGUCAUGG